AAGCGAACAAAAAUCCUGUCCGACGUGGCACCCUGGCCUCGCUCUUUUUCUCCUCCCCCUCCCCCGCCUGCUGGUCGUAACGCACGCCUCAUUUCUUGGCUUCUCCCCACAGCCUCCUGCUCUCUCCCUACUGCCUCAUCAAACAGCUUCUGGAAACUAAAUUUUAGGAGUUAGUGACUUUGCUUCUUUUCGUGGUAGCCUUGUUGUUGCUGCAGCAGGAUUUGGCUUCGCUGGUAGUAUUUGUGUUCAAGAGUCUGCAGAUAUGGCUUGUUUUGAGCAAACCAAGGCGAUAGAUGAUCAAAGACCUGGUGCUGCUCAAGUUGGGCACCAAAACAUCACGGAAGAUCUCAGGAAUCCUCAGAAUUCCAGCGACAUCGACAUGCUAGCCGAAGCGCGAGUCCCCAAGGCGCGGAAGCCUUACAUGAUAACGAAGCAGCGGGAGAAAUGGACCGAGGACGAACACAAGCUCUUCUUGGAAGCCAUGCAUCUCCACGGCCGCGCCUGGCGCCGUAUACAAGAGCACAUCGGCACCAAGACAGCCGUGCAGAUCAGGAGCCACGCGCAGAAAUUCUUCUCCAAGGUUAUCAGAGAAUCGUCCGGGGAUAGCAGCAACAGCUCAGGCGCCGCAGCGCCGGCGAUUCAGAUCCCUCCGCCGCGGCCCAAGAGGAAGUCGGUGCACCCGUACCCGUGCAAUAUGAGGAGUGCAUCGGGCAAUCUCGCCCGUGAACUCCCACGGCUUCAGAAGCCUCAGCUGCAGAUGCAGCAGACCCUGUGUGAGCAGGUGAAUGGUUCGCCGACAUCUGUUGUGACCGCAUCCCUGAUUGGCUCUGAGAACUUUGACAGCGAUACCUCGACGAUUGACAUUGAAGAGAGAUGCCCCACUUCAAGCAUAGCAACGGAUGAGUUCGCUGUGCAAGUGCCACCAACCGAUGCUGAGGAGGUCAAGGGCAGUAAUACUUCCAAAGAAGUUGUGUGUGACACAUCCGAAGCUCCAGUCCUUAAGUUAUUUGGGAAGAGAGUUGUGGUCAAUGAUUCACAUCAGCGGCCAAACCUCUGUAACAUGCAGACUGUCACAGAAAUGGAGCUGGAUGCUUCAGCUGAGACAACCACCAGUGGAACUGGGAAGUUUUCUUCCCACGGUGCAUCAGAAGAGAACACAUGGAACCCAUGGCUGACAAAUAUGCAACAGUUUAUGUGUUAUCUUCCCCAAGGGGCAGUUUUCUUCAGCUACAAUGAUGGAAGUGUGCCUUACCCCCAGCUGUCAAACCCCAAGCCUGUAACUUCAGAUCAACAACAUCAGCAGCAACCUUCUGAAGCUGAAUACAAACUUACGCGGAGGGAAGCAUCACUGGCAGAAUCAAACACAACAUCCAGCAGUGUGCCUGAAACCACAACUCAGUGUUCAGAUUAUGCUGAAUCCUGUACAAAAGCAAAUGGCGAUGAUGACACAAUAGUACCUGUUGCAGGCUUCAGAAAAUAUGUGAGCCCAAACUCUAUCCACCAACGAGGAUUCAUGCCAUACAAGAGGUGUGCAGCUGAAAGCAAGGUACAGCCACAGGCCCCCGGCGAGGAGGCAGAUGGAGAGAUGACGAGGUUGUGCUUGUAAUUGUUAAGUCCUGACUGUCACAACGCUACUAUAGAUGGUGAUAUUGAGCAUAAAUGACUACUGUACUUAACAAAGGCUGUUCUUCAGUUACUCAUGAGGCAGAUUGAAACUACGUUGGUCUUCCACAAAUGGAAGAGCAGCUGUGGAUCUUGUGUCUUCAUACUCCCUCACAGAUAGUGUGUGUGUAAUUUUGCCUUAACGUUGGAGUUUCAGAGGUCAAUGAUGGCCUAUAUUUUGGGACAAUUGUAGUAGGAUUGCACUGAUGUAAAAUAUACAGUUCUUAUCUGUAAAACAAUGACAAAUAUAGCAGAAAUGCUGCAAGGCCUUAUUCA